AUGGAUAAAUAAUUACUUAUUGAUCAAAUAAGACAGCUCAACAAGGAUAUUUCAGUUUCAAAAUCUCAAAUUUAAGAAUUUUAAUUAUCAACUCCUUAAGAAUAAAUAGAAAUUUUUACAUCCCAAUAAUUCUCUAAGAAAAAUGAUGAAUUAAGGCAAUAAUUGGAUCAACAAAAUCUCAUUAUUACUUAAUACAAUUAAUAAUUACAACUUACUUAAUUAAAUUAUGAUAAAAAAGAAGAAGAGUUAAAUAAAUUAAAAAUUAAUUUAUAAAAUGUUAAUGGUUAACUAUUUUAAUUAUAAAAGCAGAGUACUGUUAAUUUGAAAAAUGAGAGUGAUUACUUUUCAUAGCUUUAGGAUUAAAUAGCUUAAAACUCUCUAUUAUCUAAGUAAUUUAAAGAAGAAAAAGAUAUAUUAAAAAGAUCUAUUUUUGAUAAGGAAAAAGAAAUAUAAAGUUUAAAUUCAAUCUAAAAAAAUCUCGAGUGUUAAAUUUUUGAUAUUAAGCAAUAAAACCUAAAUUUAAUUUAAUAAUUAAAAGAUUAAGAAUCAAUCUACUGCAAAUUAUAAGAAAAUCAACAUUCUUAUUACUUAGAUCCAUCCAAAGAUUUACAAAAAUAAUUAAGCAUUAAAUAAUUGGAAAUAUAACAAAUAGAUGCUGAAAAUAAAAAAUUAAAUAAUAAGCUUUUAAAUAACUAAGAUUUUAUUAAAAAAUAACAAUAAGAUUUAAUGAAUUAUGCAAAUGAAAAACAAAAGUUAUAUUUAUAAUAUCAAUAAGAGACUUCUGCUCUGCAGAACUAAAUAAAAAGACUUUAGUAGGAAAUAUUAAAUCAACAAGAAAUAUAGAGAUAAUUAGAAUAAAUUCCAUAAAAAAUUGAGAUUAAUAAGCCAAUUUUAACUAUUGAAUCUCCAAAAGCCAAGUAUAUGAGUAAAAGUCUGAAUAAAUCAAGUUCAUCUUGUUAUUCAACCGAUGAUUUAAGAGGGAAAUAUUAUAAUUGUUCACUUUAUGCUACAAAUAACAAUAGAAUAAGUUAUUACUCCUCUUUAAGAGCUGCAAAAUCAAAUGGAGAUUUAUUGAAUUCUCAUGAAAAGAACCUAUCAACUUCAGAAGAAGAUUUGAAGAAAUAAAUAAUACUUUGGUAAUAAAAGUAUGAAGAAUUACUAACAGAAAGAUAUUCAAAAUAAAACUUGAUUACCCCUAAAAAAGAAAGAUUAACCUAGGAAUUCAGUGUGUUAGAUGAAUCAACUAAUUGGAAAUAAAAAUAUGAUGAAUUAUAAGGAUAGAUUUAAUAAUAAAAUUAAAAUAAUAAAGAUAAAGUUAUUGAAUAGUUACGAUUAAAAAAUGAAUUACUAUAUUAUGAGUUGCAUUAAAUUGAAAUUGAAUAUGAAUAACUAAGAAAUUAAAUCAAUAUUAGCCAAAAGCAGAGUGCAAAUGAUAAGAAUUAAAAUAAUUUGAAUUAAUAAAGAACUAUUGAUUAAUAGAAUCAAAAAAUUAGUAAUUAACAAAAUGAAAUUGAAUAACUGAAAUAUAAGUUGAAAUAAGUAAUUGAGAGCAAGAAUAUUUUAGAAAAAAAGUCUAAUAGUUAAUAAAAUGAGUAUAUUUAAUAAUUAGAGGCAUAAAAUUUUGAUUGUUUAUAAGAAAUUUAGUCUUUGCAAAUAGAAAUUAAGAGACUAUAGGAAAGUAAUAAUUUAAUGAAAUAAUAAAUAAAUGAUUAGGUUAUUAAUUUAUAAUCUGGACAAGAUUAAAAUGAAUUAAAUAUAGAAGAAUAUUUACAAUAAAUUGAAUCAUUAAAAAGCUAAAUAAAUAGUUAAUAAACUUAAAUAUUCUAAUUAUAAAAUUAAUUAAAGUAAUCAAAAAUUAAAGAAUCGGAAUUAGAAUAAAAGUUCAAGUAUGCAAUUGAGGAUUUAGAACAUGUUCAGAAAAUGUAUAAUGAGCAAAGAUAAUCUUGUUAGGAAUAAUAACGAUAACUAUAAAACUUACAAUAAUAACUAUAGUAAUAGUAACAAAAACAUUAACAAUCAUAGCAGCAAUAAUAAUAAUAGCAAUUAGAAGAGUAGAAAUAAUAUUCAUAAAGGUCUUACUAAAUAGAGUAGUCCAGAAUUGUUGAAACCUACGCUGAACAAUAAACAAAUAAUCAAUAAGAUGAAUAAUAUAGAAAGAUAUUAUAUGAACUUAGUUUGAUAAAAUAAUAAAACUUGUCUUUGUAAACUUAAUUGUAAGAAUCAACUCAAAAGUAGAUUGCAUUAAUGCAAGAAAUAAAACAAUUAUAAAUUCAAAAUGAAAGAUUAAAUUAAAGUAAUGUUAGAUUACAUAAUGAAUAAUAGAAAUUUACAAUGUAAAGCGAUUAAGUAAAUAAAAUAAAUGAUUAAUUCAAAGAAUUAUAAUUUGAAAACUAAAAAUUGAGAAGUGAGAUUUACUAUCUGUAACAGGAGAAGUAAUAAGUUAUCAUUUCUUUCGAAUCCAAAUUACAAUAAUAUUCAGCUAGCGCAAAUAAUAAAAUUAGGUAACAAUAAAUAGAUGAUCUAAAACGAGAGCUGGCUCUGCUAAAAAGAGCAACCUUAAAAUCAUCUGGUGUUGAUAUGGAUGCUGAAAGAUUGAGUUACUCAACUUAAAUAACUCAAUUGAAGAAACAACUUGAAUACGAACAGAUAAAGAAUAAAGAAUUACAACAAAAGCUUUAAAAUUCUUCAUAAUAUUAAUCUGAUUUUGGACUUGUAGAAAGAUUGAACAAAGAAUUGCAAGAUAAAAUUGUUGAAUUACACUAAGUUAAAUCAGAAUAUAGGAAUGCGAUAAAAAUGAUUCAUUCCUUAGAAGAAUAAGUAAUAGAAAGAUUGGAAAAAGAACAAAACUCUUGA